AUGGAUAAUGACUUGAAUGAAACAUAUAUAACUCUUGAUGGGUAUGUGGAAAUUGACCAAUACAGAUAUCUUUAUUUUAUGAUCAUGUUUACAGCAUAUAUUCUAAUACUCUGCAUUAAUUCCACUAUUGUGUCUCUCAUUGUGAUUCACAAAACCCUCCAUGAGCCCAUGUAUAUUUUCAUUGCAGCCUUGUUACUGAACUCUGUUCUUCUCAGCACUUCUCUCUACCCAAAGCUGUUGACUGAUGUCUUAUCUAAAAAACAGAUUAUAUCCUAUUCAGCCUGUCUCUUUCAGUGGUUUGCAUAUUACUGUGUAGCCUUUACAGAAAAUUUGCUGUUGGCAGCCAUGGCCUAUGACAGGUAUGUGUCUAUAUGUAAACCUCUGCGAUAUCCAACUAUCAUGAGGAAAUCAAAGAUCUGUAUUUUCCUGGUUUUAGCUUGGCUUCUGCCUGCUUGUGUAUUUGCACUGUCAGUUGGCCUGAGUGUUGAUGCUAAACUCUGUAAAUUUACUUUUAAAGGAAUCAUUUGUGGCAGCGCAGUGAUCAAACUUCACUGUGUGAUGUCAAGACUAGUAUAUUUUUACGGCUUCUUUAUUAUUUUUAGUCUUGACAUUUUACCUGUGCUUUUCAUACUUUUUACCUACACCAGGAUACUUAUAUUAUCCUGUCAAAGUUGUAGAGAAGUUAGGAGAAAAGCUGCACAGACUUGUUUACCUCACCUGCUGGUUCUAAUGAACCUAACCAACUUUUCCUGGUCCAUGGGAUUUGAAGUAAUUGUAGCUCGGCUGGACAUAGAUUUUACAAAAAUUGUGCGUUUAAUAAUGACAUUACAAGUAAUUUUGUACAGUCCUCUUUUCAAUCCAAUCAUAUAUGGGCUAAAAAUGAAAGAAAUAUACAAACAUGUCAAGAGGUUGUUUUGUCCAGGCAAAAUUUUCUAA